CGCCGCGCUCGCAGGUCCCUGCCCGCAGCUCCCGCCGGGAUUCUCCCAGCUCCGCACCCCUCCUCCGCCCCGGAUCUGGGAUUAAUUCGCCUGUGGGGAGAUGGUCUUAGCUGAAUUGUUUAAAGACAGUUAAGAGCAGACCUUUCACCACGGUCAGACUGCUUUCCCAAUGGAGCCCCGGGUUCCCCACAACAUCACCGUUGUCCCCAACUCCGUGAUGGUCCAGCCCUUGCUGGACAGUCGGAUCCCCUAUGGGCGGCUGCAGCACCCCCUGACCAUCCUGCCCAUUGACCAAAUGAAGACGACUCACAUCGAGAACGAUUACACCGACAACCCCACCGCUCCCCAGCUGGCAGCUCAGAAGCGUCCCCGAGUUCCCCACGAACUGGUCCUGACCAACCAGCACCUGCAGCGCUGCGAGCAGGAUGUCACCCACCCCUGGAUUUCCUUCAGCGGGCGCCCCAGCUCCAUCAGCAGCAGCAGCAGCACAUCCUCAGACCAAAGGCUCUUGGACCACAUGGCCCCAGUGCCCGUGGUGGAGCAGUCCUCCCCCAGAGCCGUUCGCAUCCAGCCCAAGGUGAUUAACUGCAAACCCCUGGACCUGAAGGGACCUGUGUCUCAGGAACUGGACAAGCACUUUCUCCUGUGUGAAGCCUGUGGGAAAUGCAAGUGCAAGGAGUGUGCCCUGCCCCGGACUCUGCCGUCCUGCUGGGUGUGCAACCAGGGGUGCCUCUGCUCGGCACAGAACCUGGUCAACUACUCCACCUGCAUGUGCCUGGUCAAGGGCGUCUUCUACCACUGCACCAACGAGGAUGACGAGGGCACGUGUGCUGACCACCCCUGCUCCUGCUCCCACUCCAACUGCUGCGCCCGCUGGUCCUUCAUGAGCGCCCUGUCCCUGGUGCUCCCCUGCCUGCUCUGCUACCUGCCUGCCACCGGCUGCGUCAAGCUCUCCCAGAGGUGCUACGACCAGGUGAGCCGGCCCGGAUGCAGAUGCAAAAACACAAACAGUGUCAUUUGCAAGGCUCUGCCAGAGAGCAAAGGAAGCAGCUCAGAAAAGCCCUUUUGAUGGUUUGGGAGGAUGGGGAGCUGGAGGACGCUCCAUGGAAGGGGGAUUUUGGUUCUUUAAUAACCUGUGUUCCAAGGAUACCGUGAGCCUUUUGCCUUCGGAGAAGCAAAAGCAACUAUUUCCACAAACUGAAGCACUUCGGGUUAUUCAGGGUUUUGGAACUAGUCAGAAUUUAAAUAGAUGGGGCCAAAGGAGGAAUCCUAUUGAUGUAGAGUGAAGGCUGAAACCCUUAUGAAGUACAGCUGCUUAAAAACUCCUGGUUGGGCCAGACAGACAACGGCUGCUCACCCCACCUGCACACCUGGAGGACCACAGACUGACUGCUCGCUUGGCAGGCUCAGCCACACACACCAUACCCAUCCCUGCCUGCAGAAAGCUGCCUUGGAUCCAUCGUAUUCAGGGUGGGCUUCUUGGUUUGGCUCUCCUUCCACCCCCUGAUGUGCCACAGCAGCCUGAUGAAGGUGACGGGUCACUCCCCUCCACCCCUUCCCCCACACCCUUAGAGGAGCCACUUGCACACAGAGCACAUUUUCUCAAAAGCUUUCUCUGUCUCUCAAAGAUUUUGAGCCACAAGUAAAGACACAGGUCAUCUGUUUAAGGGUCUCUUAACAGGUCGGCACGUUGGUUUCUUUGAACCCUCCCCUUUGCCACGUUUGGACCCUCUUUUUAAAGCAAGGUGGGAGCGGGGUUGCUCCCUUCCCGGGAAGAGCAGCACAGGAUGUGCUCAGGCAGCGGGAUCAGCCUCCUGUUGUCCUGCCCGUGAGCUGAUCUGUAGCCUCAGGUUUCAUUCAGGGGACUAUUCCCUGUUCCCCCAGUGCCCAGACCCUCCCAGCAGGACGUGGCCAAGCCCCGUUCCCCACGCUGCUCGCUCCCGCCCGGAGCACAGGGGAUCUCCACUAAGAUGUUCCAUCUUUGUUUCUCCAAACCUCUUCAGCUCUGUUAAGAAGUCACAAAACCCUAAGUGUAGGAUACACAUGGGUGUAUUUUAGUAGGGAUAUCAAUCCAUACCUCCUCUCCUGGAACAUGCUUGUCUUUCCUCAUUAAAUAUUAGAUUUUUAAUUUUUUUUGUCUUGGGGAAGAAUGGCAUUUGCUUGAAGUACAGCCCAUUCCCCCAUCCUUAUUGCUGCUCUUUGGCUUUUGCCUCCUCUGUACUAAAGUAUGUCUUUUUAAACAUAGAGAAUGCUUUUAAUGUUUAUUUUAGUGUUAACAAAUGCCAGGGAAAGCCAGGAGAGGGAAGAGAGCGUAUUUAGGAAAUUUGCCCAUGGUUUUCAGCAAGCAAAUGUCAUCCCUGUGCCCAUGCACUCACCCUUGUCCCUUGAGAUGCAGCAGCCCCUCCUCUUUGGCAACUACAAGGUGCUAAAUAAAAAGCUUUGUCCAAACAUGCAACACUGUAAUAAGCAGGUAGGUACUUGUUGCAUGCAGAAAACUGACCUAGUCAUUUUUGUUGUUGUUGUUGUUUUUUUAAUUAGAGGAAAUUUCCUCAGUAAAUGCACAGCAGUGACAGUGAAAUGUCAUCUCUAAUUAGCUAAGCAAUAGGCAGAGCUCAUGUAGCAUUUCCAGGAAUACAGUUGCUGUGCAGGGGUUGGCAAGAGCGCCCUGGUGGGACUUCUGGUGUCUUUUGUUUUCAGAAUUCAUUUAACCUGGAUGACUUGGGGUUUAGUUAAGCUUAAUUGUAGAUAUUUAUUAAAUUGGGAAUUUACAAAAAGCCCAGACUUUCUAUAUUUAUAACAUUUGCUAGCUUAUAUAUGAUAAAUCCUAGAAAAAGGGAUACUAUGUCUGUCACCAGACACCAGUUCCUAUAGUUUAUCCCCAUGUUGACUGUAUGGGGACACCAGAGAGAAGGAAGCAGGUGGGGAGCCAGAGCUGUCUUUGUGAUCUUGCACAAAUUGGCAGGGAAAAGAUAUAAGGAAAACCAGCCUCCAGCUAGCUGAACUGUCGGAUGAAUGUAUAAGGUGUUGUAUUUAAUAAGAAAAUCAUUUUUCUAAGAUGCAAACAGGCUAGAAAAUGUAGCAGGAGAGGUAUUGAACAGCUGCCUUCCUCUUCUGAGACCAGAUGUACCCAAAGGGGCUCCACCCAUGGUUGUUUUGCCUUUUUGACCCUCUGUCCCUGGCUGUUCCUGGGGGAUCUGUGCUGAAAACCCUCAGCAGCAAUGCCCAUGGCUUAGACAUGUGGUCCUUGUGAGCAAACACAGGGCUGGAGUGGUCACCACCGUGCCCAUCUACACUCAUGUACAUACACCCAGCAACCCCCACGGGUUUCCUUCCACUGUACAUAGGUGUAAACUACUUCUCUGUUGGUUUAUUUUAAUGUAUGAUUCCUGCUAUGGUGUAAGGCUCUCCCGUGCUGGAGGGCCAUAAAGUGGUAGUGGAUGUGUUAGAGCAGUGGUAAAUGUAGCAGAGUCCUGCUCAGCUGUGCCUGCUCCAUCAGCUCCAGCCCAGGGCACCUGAGGAAGCCCCGAGCUCCCUGCAGAGCCCCUGGGAGGGUACGUCCCUGGUCAGUAAUGUCUGUAUUCCCCUCACUUCCCCCAUCCCAACGCCUCUGCUCUCCCAUCCCCUUUUAAGGUACUUGGGUCCUGCCACCCCCGAGACGCACCACGGACACGGUGCCACGUCACCUCAGCCCUGGCCAGCCAGGUCCCUCACGCCAACCGGCAAACGAGCCACUGCUAAUUAACACACCCCUCAGCACGACCUGUGCUCUGGGGGCUUGUGGGUGCAGGACAGCGAGCGGAGAGGUCAAGGGCAGGACCCCUGGGCUGGGGCUGUGCCCUGCAGAGCAGCUCUGCAGGAGGAAGAGGAGGAGGAGGAGGGUGGGCUGUGCCACCCUGUGCUGCUAAUUGCUGGGGCAGGUUCACGGUGUGUCCCCUGCCCACACACAGCUGCCAAAGCCCCGUGAGCAAGAGGGGGUGAUGUGACAACCACACCCCCAGCUGGAGCUGGACACUGAAACCAUCACCACACACCAGGCACACGGAGCAGCUCCCAGAUUCACCCUGUUGCUCCCUGGGCACCGGCUCUGCCACCCGGACGAGCCCCUCGCCCGCUCGCAGCACUGGGUAUCCCCCUCCCACACCCCACACCCUGAUAAAGGCUUCCCCUUUCUCCUGUCACCACCCCACUACAUACACACCCUGAAAUGUUGCCACAGAAGGUUUUCUUUGUAUAGAAUAUUUAUUUUGAAGCUCUAUUUUAAUAGUAUUUAUUUUAGA